AUGUACUGCGUUUAAAAAUUAAAAUUUACUGUAUCAAAAAAAGAGAAAACUGUAAAACUGUAAUACUAGACUGUAAAACAAGAAAACUAUAAUUGUAAAAAUAACAUAUAACGUAAAAUAACAUAUAAUAUAGAUAACAUUUAAAAAAUCAUCAAUGGAUUUCGUUUGAAAGAUAUCGAGGCUACGCAUUGCGUGUGGAACACGUUAUGAACUUUCAAUCCCUUCGCGCUUGCACAUCACUGAAUGAGCCCACGGACAAGCAAUGACCGAGGGGAGAAUCAAUCGCAUACGCAUGACUGAGCACCUGAUCAUACAUGACAGCCAUGAAACGCACAUACACGCAACAUUGAAGUCAUUAUUUUCCUGCGCUUGCGUUACGAGAAACGGAACGUCGCGCAACGUCCGCAUGUUUCAGUCAUCGUUAUACUUCGUAGACAGCAUGAGCUAUCGAUCUUCACUUCCAGACAGGAUACACAAUGUACGUUACGAGCACGACAUAUAUUACGCUAUACAGUUAUGCCGGUGGAUCCUGCAGUCGAUCGGUAUUUGGCACAUAAUUUAUGGUCGCUCGUCGCAAAGCGAGAAGCUCCUUUCAUUAAUGCUGAUCUUCAUGAGUUUCUUCGGUCUGUGCUUUGUGCUUGUACCUGCUGGUUCGUACUUUCUAUUCUACGAUGAGGACAUUGAAAUUAAAAUCAAGUUUUUUGGACCAGUUACCUUCUGUCUAACUUCCAUGAUCAAAUAUUGCUUCCUCGGAACACAAUGA